AAAAUAUUAAAAAAAAUAAAAUAAAAUGAAUAGUAGUUGGGUAGCAAUUAUAAAUCUUGAAUCAUAAUAAUGACAAGUUGAAUUACAAAAAAAUAUCAAUAUAAUUCCAUAAAAAUAGAAUUAAAAAUAUCUUAUAAAUUAUCCAAUUCGCCUUAUUAGUUGACAUUGACAUCAACUACCACUCUCCUUUUCUCAUCCCAAUCUCAACAGAAGACCACCGAAGAACUUCCCACCAACACGCCAAAAAGUCUUCUUCUUUUAAUUCCUCCUAAAUCUCCCCCUUUUCCUUCUAUAAUUUUCUCUCUCCUAGGGUUUACAAUUUACCCCUUUAAUGGCGGCAACAUCCUCGAGCUCUUUAUCUCCGCUACCGUCGGCGGACGAAGGUCCGUCGACUUCCUCGGCGACGUCGUCCGGUUUUCCGCUGAGGUUGCCGGAAGUUUUUUCAGAUGAGGAGAGAGAAGUGGAGUCUUCCCCGGAGCUUAUUCGGCAGCAAUCGAGUAUGUCGUAUCGUGUCCGGCCUGUGCAGCGUCGGUUGUCGUCGUCGCCGGGGAUGGAGGACCCGCCUGCUGAUGAUACUUUGUCUUGCGUUAUCGUUAUUCUAACUUUUUGGUUCUUUGUGUCUAUGACACUCAUUAUGGGUAUUUUUGGAUCGGAAAAUUUACAAAUUGGCCCAUAUAGCUCCAUUCUGUUACGGGCUAACCCCUUAUUUGUACAUACUGUAAAGGUGGAAACAUCAAAGCAUAUGAAGGUUGCUCCUGUGCUUUAUGGGUUCUAUGAAAAUCCUCCACUAGAGAUCACUAAGAUCUGGUCUGAAUCUGUGAAUGCUUCUAUUAAACCAGAGUCUCACAAGGAAUGGAUAUAUUACUUGAAUAAGGGGUCUCAGAUCAAUAUAUCGUACAAUGUAGAAAGCUCAUCUUCUUUGUUGCUCAUAGUAGCAAAAGGGAUUGAAGGACUUGCUGAGUGGUUGGAGGAUCCUUCAUAUUCAGAUGGCACUUUGUCAUGGAAUGUCAUACGUGGAAGUGGUUCUAUCACGCAGGAUAUAUUAAGAUCUUACGGCUAUUAUGUUGCUGUUGGAAAUCUUAACUCUGAGGAUGUGGAGGUCGAACUGAAUCUCACAAUACUAUCUUCCAUGCAUAACACUGCAUUUUCGUACUACAAGUGCAAUUUGACUCAAGGUUGGUGCAAUUUAAAGAUUCCUUUCCCAGGUGGAAAUGCUGCUUUGUUGACUACUCCAGGACCAUUAGAGGGUGUUGAAAACAACAGAGAGUAUGUCAAACUAUCUUAUGAACCGCGCUGGAUGACUUAUUUUCUUGGUAUAGGUGGGAUGACUUCGAUCAUGUUAUGGGCAUUCAACUUCUUGAAUAGGAUCAGACGUAACAUGGAAGAAUCUACCGAAAACCAAUUAGGAGACUUGGGAUCGGAGAGAGCUCCCUUGUUGUCUCAGAAAGAUGAUGAAAUCUCUAGCUUGGGUUCUUCAUAUGAUUCUGGUUCACAAAAUGAUGAGGAAGCCCAAGAGGACUUGGAAGAAGGAUGUAGGCGACUGUGUGUUAUUUGUUUUGAUGCACCUAAAGAUUGCUUUUUCAUUCCUUGUGGCCACUGUGCCACUUGUUUUACUUGUGGGAUAAGAAUCGCUGAAAUUGCCGGUACUUGCCCUAUUUGUCGACGCAAGAUGAAAAAAGUUAGAAGAAUAUACACUGUUUGAUGUUAAUAGUAACAUAUAAUCUCUCAGUUCUCCAUCUCUAUAUCGCUCUUUCUGUGGAGGCUUGUAGCUGGCCAGUUUGAGAGCUGUUGUUUUUAGCCUCUUACAUUGCCAUCGAUUGGGAAUGCAUCAAUUACUUAUAUAGGGCACUCUUGGAUGAAUGGUCAAGCCUUCGUAUUUUUUCUGGGUUAACCAUUUACCAUAUCUGUACUAUGUCAUUAUAGUCCAGAUAUGAACAGAUACAUGUAAAUCAUUGUUGGGUUCACUAUAGGCAGGGUGAAGAAUACAACUGCUUUUCAGUUGGCUUCUCUGGAUAGUCUAACGUUCGCCAACUUCCCUCUUGUAAUUUUCUCUCCUCUUGUGUACAGACCUGGAUAGUAUAUUUAUUGUAUAUGUCAAAAUUUCAAAAUAUACUCUCUUGUAAUAUUUCAUUGUAAAACUAUAGUAGAAUUGAGGCAUGUCCUGAAAAAAGAUUCAAGGAGUAAGAAAGUGUAAUGACAAACAAUUUUACAUUACC